CGGCGGUGGCGGUUCUCGGGCCGCAGUUGGAAGUUUGAGGCGGGGCCGGCCGCCCGGAGCAGCUCGGACGGGAGUCAGGCGAAUUUAGAACUGUUCGGAUUCCACGCUGCGGUUCCAACCAUGGGUUUGUCUGCGUCCACCCCUGCUGUUGCAGUUCAGACCUCAAAUGCUUCAGCUAACCAGACUAUGUCCCAGCCUUCAGGAUGUCCAAUGCAUGAAGAAAAGAUGAAAGGUUGUCCAGUGAGUGCAGAGCCAUCUGACUCAACCUGUGAGAGCAAAACCAGUUCUGUGCCUGCCCACCAAGACCGUGCCUACGAGUAUGUGGAGUGCCCUGUUACGGGUGCUACAACCAAGAAUAAGGACCUGGAUCCUUCUAAUCUGAUGCCACCACCUAAUCAGACACCGGCCCCUGAUCAGCCAUUUGCACUCUCUACUGUGAGGGAGGAAUCAUCCAUUCCGAGAGCAGAUUCAGAAAAAAAGUGGGUGUAUCCUUCUGAGCAGAUGUUCUGGAACGCGAUGUUAAAGAAAGGGUGGAAGUGGAAGGAUGACGACAUCAGCCAGAAGGACAUGUAUAAUAUCAUUAGAAUCCACAACCAGAAUAAUGAGCAGGCCUGGAAGGAGAUCUUGAAGUGGGAAGCCCUCCAUGCUGCGGAAUGUCCUUGUGGUCCCUCAUUGGUCCGGUUUGGAGGGAAAGCCAAAGAGUACUCGCCCCGGGCAAGAAUCCGCUCCUGGAUGGGGUAUGAGCUGCCUUUCGACAGGCACGACUGGAUCAUCAACCGUUGUGGGACGGAAGUCAGAUACAUCAUUGACUACUAUGAUGGUGGUGAGGUCAACCAGGAGUACCAGUUCACCAUCCUGGACGUCCGGCCUGCUUUCGAUUCACUUUCGGCGGUGUGGGACAGGAUGAAGGUCGCCUGGUGGCGCUGGACCUCAUAACCACUAUAACCACUGUUUUGUUAGAGAUGGGAAAAUAUCAACUAUUUUUUUUCUGAGGGAUACGUUAAACUAUUUUCCCCAAAUUGAAUUGCACUCAUGAUGUAUUGGGAAGGUUAAGCAGGUAAUGACCUUAAACUUCACUUAGCGAAGGACAGCCUGUACGUGUUCUUUUCAGCUUUGUUUUCAUACUACAGUUGAUGGCAGAUCAUUUUAAGUUUCCUUCCCACUUAGCUUAAGUGGGAAGCAGUCCCUUCGUUUUCCCUUUAACUGCAGUAUUGCCUGUGUAUUUAAUCUAGAAAAGUCUGAACAACCUCUGGAAAACCACUUUUCUUAAAAUAUGAGGAGAGCCACUGCUUUUCUUUCUGUUUUCUCUUGAAAUACUUGACAAGAUAUAGACCUGCAAACCCAUAUGGUGCUCAGGAGCUUUGACCUGGUCAAAUAUUUUCAUUAAAGCUCUUCAGUUGUGCUUUUUAAAGAGUCCCCAGCAUUUCUAAAUUCCCUAUGAUAUAGUAGUGACCCCUGAAGAAAAUGUUAAGGUUUACACUGGAAAUGCUCUCAGCAAAACUAAUAUGUGUCUUGGCUCUCCAUGCUCUCAUGAGUUUUUCAGACUGGACCUUGUUCUAGAAUAAUUUCAACUCCCCCAUGAUCUGAUGGUGCAUGUGCAUUAGAAUAUGUGUUUUAACUUCUUAAUUUUCAUUUUCAUUCCCAUUGUUCUGAUAUGUAACUGCUCCCAACAAGCAGGUCUCAUUGUCCCUGGUGUGUGACAAGUUACCCACUUUGGAGUCCUGUUCCUUCGGCCUGAAGCCUUCCCUGAGCCGGCCCAAUCUGAACCUUGAAGGUCUGGCUCAAGGUGCAGUGUUAGCAAUGGUCCCUCUCUAAAGAUGAUUCUAUUUUGUUGAGUGUUAGAAUACACGAGAGUAUUUUUCCCAACUGUACAGUGUGUGCAUCAACUCCUUUUUUCAGUUCAGAUUUUUUUAAGAGAGCUCUAAGUUUGCCAUUGAAGUUCUUGGUACCAGUAAUCCAUAAACUUGUUGUUCCUCUCAGAGCAGCAUGUUACAGAUGACUGUGGGGUUUGUUUUUUGAGUUGAUAAUAUUAACUCCUUUCACUUCUAAAUACUGAGUUGUUAAACUAGUAGAUGGAAUUAACAGUCUGGGGUGAUUAAUUUGGUAUUAAUUUCUUUGUUGUGACAGCUUUGCAUGGAGUUUUUUAAAUGUAACAAACUUAAGCUCUCCUACAUUUAAUAUUUGUAUAUUUUAAAAUAAAAUAAAGUUGAUAGUUAACAGGUUUUCAAAAUUUCUUAAGAGUAACUUUAUACUGACAAUCAUUUCUUCCAACCUUUACAGAAGUAUGGCUGCAGUCUCCCUGCUAGAGGCAGCCAUCUUCUCAUCUGCUAAUCAUAUUUUUGCAGGCACACCUUGGAGAUACUGCGGGCUUGGUUCCCAACCAUCAUAGUAAACAAGUAUCACAAUAAAGCAAAUCGUGAUAUUUUUGCUGGGAGAGGGUCUUGCCUUCAAUUUAUAAAAAAAAGCAACACCAGCGGAGCUCAAUAAAAUAAAUUGCAAUAAAA